ACUGGAAAAUUCUAAAACACAGAGGUUGACUCAGUGAAUGUCUUUCCUCACCAUAAGUCCUCCUCAUAGCAUCAAAUUAACACUGGAUGAUAGUUCUUAGCUGUGUGGGUGUACCUGAUUUUAAUACAGAUCAAAGCGAUGAGUUUCUCCUCUGAUGCGAGGACACAACAUGUUUUUGGCUGGGUUUCCAUCAUCUGGUUCACUUCAGCAGUCAGCAUUGCUGGUAGUCAGCGUGUGGAGCUACAGACCAUUUCCCAGGUGGCGGCCCGGUGUGGGGAAAAUGUGACACUGACAUGUGAAGCCAAGCCAUCAGGCCCGUUGAAUAUGGUCAAUUUUAUCUGGCUGGCUAAAAAUAAAAGUAUGUGUCAAUAUCCAGAAGGCCAAACUUCCCCCGAGGUUCUGUGUGAAAGCACGGACCAGCCUCUCCACCACAGCCUCACUCUGACUCUCCUCAACGUGAUGCCGGUCAACGAGGGAACAUACCUCUGCAAACUACAGUCUAAUCUCGGAGCACUGACUAAGAAAACUGUUGUUACAGUACAAGACUGCCUUGGAAGUUUUGACUCCUCCAUCAAUGAGUCUCAUGCUGAGUGCUGGUUCAGUGGAGUUUACCCCAGUGGAACCAUCUCCUGGUUCCAGGGAGAUGUGAACUUAACCGACCCUGCUGGCACACGUGAAGAGGUGGACCAUCUUGGACUGUACAAUGUCUCGAGUACAAUAGCUGUACAGAAAGGAAACUUGAGCCAGCCAUAUAAUUGCUCACUGUGGAUAGCUUUGGCCAGGAAGCAUCUCUGGAGUCAACAGCUACCUUUGGUUGGGAAACAGACCGGGUCAUCGGGAAGCAUGGUCAACCUGCAGUGGAUCUGUGUAAUGGUGGAAAUAAUGAUGGUCAAAUGUGUGACUUAGAGGAAACAGGUAGAAUUCCGGUAUGGAAAGUAUGUAAAAGUAUGGUUUUUUUUAAGAAAACAGAAAUGAAAAGGAGCUCAUUUUUGAGGCAGGAAAAUGUUAAUGGUUAAGAGUAUAAACUUCUUUUCUUUUUCAACAUGCUAUCUGAUUUCUUGCAUUUAGAUAGAUAGAUAGAUAGAUAGAUAGAUAGAUAGAUAGAUAGAUAGAUAGAUAGAUAGAUAGAUAGAUAGAUAGAUACUGUAUUCAUCCCGAGGGAAAUUUUAGGCAUCCAGUAGCUUAGACAAUCAGAACACAACAAACACACAUACAUAUAUCUCACAUACAUAAAAAUCACUCACAGAAAUUUAAAGACUUGAUUAGGGAGAGCUUUUCUACAGAUGCUCACUGCUCCACUGUUAUCAUUCAUAACUAAUAAACGUGAACUGUGAGAGGACAGAGGACUGUGUCAGAAGACUUUGACUUACUCAACAAUGUACAGUUUUCCUAAAAAAAUAAAAAUAAUUUCUGCUUUGCAGAUACAGCAUCUCUGUCUUCAAUGCCCAGUCUUGUGUUAUUCUAACUUACCAGAAAAUCACUUUUUUAAACCGUCACUUCAUCCUGAGGGCCAGAAGGAGGCAGUCUUCUCAUGUUAGAAGAAUGAUUACAGCAGAUUUACUGAUAUUACACACCUCCUGCAUAUUAGAGCACUAUUCAAUAUUCAGAAUUUACUGCAAAUACAUAAACACUGAAGGGAAGGAAAUAUGCCAACUAGUUGUCCAAAAAAUUGCACAGAUUCUCAAAGCAGACAUGAUUCAUGUCAAUGGCUAAGCAGUUACCUGAAGGGCAAUACAAAUUGAAUUACAUUUUUAAAUCAAUUCAAUCUUAAUGAAUAGAUUAGGGAUAAAGUCAAAUAUGAAAUCCCAACUGUUAUUUUCUGUCAACCCUUUGUUCUGAUGUUUGUAAGAUCUGUUUUUAAGUGGACACUAAUUUGAAACACAGCAACUGAUGAUGCAAAUCUGGGGAUAUUUUGUAUUAAGUAUUUUUUAUAUAUUGCUUUGUAGUUAUUCUGCAUACAAGUUUGAAAUGUACUGCAUUUCAUCGAGGUAAGCUUUGUGAGAACAUGUCAUGUAAACACUUACUAUGAACAAAGUUAACUUUUCUUCUUUUACAAAUCGUAUAUCCUCUCUUUAUUAGGAUUUGUACACAGUGUUCCUUUAAAGCUGGCUGUUCCGAGCCAAUGUGUUUGCUCUGGUGUGGUGUGGAAAGGAUGUUUUGUUACGAGAGUUUAGACAUCUGUACACUCCUCACUGCGCUUCCCUGCAAACGUGGCUCCAUCAAAGACAUUCAGGUACGCAUUCCUUCAGGUCAACUAAGGCAAGUGUUGCCUUAGUGUGUCACCAGCGGUGGUGGAAGAUGUAUUCAGAUCCUUUGUAAAAGUACUAAUAUCACACUGUAAAACUACUCUGUUACAAGUAAAAGUCCUGCAUUGAAAAUGACACUUGUGUAAAAGUCUGUAAGUAUCAUCAGGAUAAUGUACUUAAAGUAUUAAAAGUAAAAGUACCCAAUACAGAAAAAAUCCUAACAUUUUAUAAACUGGAAACAAUCAAAACAGUUCUGUCAAUCAACUAAGUGUUUAUUUGGCUAAAACUGUCAGCUGGACUUAUAUGCCUAUAUAUUUUUGGGUAGUUUCAUUUAUAAUAAAACAUUGUAUUUUAUAAACUA